CACACGGCUCAGCUCGAGCUAAAACAAGACAAGAUGACCGGUAUCCACCUGGAGGGACUGGCGGCGAUCGCCCUCUUCUACGUUCUGAUCCUGGCGGUGGGGAUCUGGGCAGCGUGGAAGAACAAGCACGCCGGGGAGGCGGAGGGCACGGACCGCAGUGAAACCAUCAUGGUCGGUGGCAGGGACAUUGGUUUAUUUGUUGGUGGUUUUACCAUGACCGCGACCUGGGUUGGUGGGGGAUACAUUAACGGAACAGCGGAGUACGUCUAUCUUCCGGGGUAUGGCUUGGCUUGGGCACAAGCGCCUUUUGGAUAUGCGCUAAGUCUAGUCGUAGGAGGUCUGUUCUUCGCCAAGCCCAUGCGUUCCAGAGGUUAUGUCACCAUGCUGGACCCUUUCCAGCAGAAGUAUGGCAAGAGGAUGGGCGGUCUGCUCUUCAUACCUGCUCUAAUGGGAGAGAUCUUCUGGUCUGCGGCCAUUUUAUCUGCUCUGGGAGCCACACUGAGUGUGAUCAUAGAUAUAAACAUCAAGAUGUCUGUGGUGAUCUCUGCCUGUAUCGCCAUCUUCUACACGUUAGUCGGAGGUCUGUAUUCUGUAGCCUACACCGACGUGGUGCAACUCUUCUGUAUCUUCCUGGGACUGUGGGUUUCAGUACCGUUCGCUCUCAGCAACCCAGCGGUGUCCGACAUCAAGAUCAGUGCCGUGAAGGAGAUCUACCAAGCGCCCUGGAAGGGAAACAUCAAGAGAGAAGAUGCCUGGGUCUGGAUAGACAACUUCUGUCUGCUGAUGUUGGGGGGGAUUCCCUGGCAGGUAUAUUUUCAACGAGUUCUCUCUGCCUCUUCAGCUACGUACGCCCAGGUGCUCUCCUUCAUCGCCGCUGCAGGGUGCCUGGUCAUGGCCGUGCCCUCAGUAAUGAUCGGGGCUAUAGGGGCCUCCACAGGUGAGACACGCAGGGACACACACACACACCUGGGGUACAGUUAUGUAUGAACGGUUCUAACUAGGACAUCUCGUUCCGUCGUGUUGGUUGAUCUACGGUUGUUAGUUGUUGUCCUAACAUUCCCAAACGUCUGAGAGUUCCUCAUCUGGUAGCCUAAUGAUGACACGUAUUCCUGAGGUGUGUCCCCCUGCUGGGCGUUUGGGGGGGAGGGUCCGGGGGACACUUCAGGGUGUAACCAUGUUCCCCUCAGAUCUCUGGAAAGCUCCUGAAAAACAUCAGCAGCUGGUCCCUUCAUCCAUUAUGGAGGAUCGUUCUCAACCUCUCUCUGUCUCUCUCCCUCUCUCUGAAUCUCUCUCUCUCCCUCUCUCUCCCUCUCUCCCUCUCUCCCUCUCUCUCUGUCUCUCUCAACCUCUCUCUCCGUCUCUCUCUCUGUCUCUCUCUCUCCGUCUCUCUCUCUGUCUCUCUGUCUCUCUCUCUCCGUCUCUCUCUCUGUCUCUCUGUCUCUCUCUGUCUCUCUCCCUCUCAAUCUCUCUCUCUCUCUCUGUCUCUCUCCCUCUCAAUCUCUCUCUCUCAACCUCUCUCUCCGUCUCUCUCUCUCUCUCUCUCUCUCUCUGUCUCUCUCUCCCUCUCUCUCUCUCUCUCUCUGUCUCUCUCUCUCUCUCUCUCUCUCUCUCUCUCUCUCUCUCUCUCUCUCUCUGUCUCUCUCUGUCUCUCUCCCUCUCAAUCUCUCUCUCUCUCAACCUCUCUCUCCGUCUCUCUCUCUCUCUCUCUCUCUCUCUCUGUCUCUCUCUCCCCCUCUCAAUAUCUCUCUCUCUCUCUCUCUCUCUCUCUCCAUUUACUACUGUGAACUUUGUAAAUAUUACAUCUGAGGAGAAGCAGAAGGGACUGAAUUACGUUUGAUCUCCAGGUUUUAACUCCAGCAUCAAAGUCCUGCUGAUUCACUCUCUGUACACUCAGUUACAGAGUCAGGAAUGGGAGGUGAAAUGAUAUAUUAAGGGGUGAUAUAUAGUUACAGUAGGACUAUGUCCAGUGAUGGGAGGUGAAAUGCUACGUUAAGGGAUGAUAUAUAGUUACAGUAGAACUAUGUCCAGUGAUGGGAGGUGAAAUGCUACGUUAAGGGAUGAUAUAUAGUUACAGUAGGACUAUGUCCAGUGAUGGGAGGUGAAAUGCUACGUUAAGGGAUGAUAUAUAGUUACAGUAGAACUAUGUCCAGUGAUGGGAGGUGAAAUGCUACGUUAAGGGGUGAUAUAUAGUUACAGUAGGACUAUGUCCAGUGAUGGGAGGUGAAAUGCUACG